GCGCGCGCGGCCUCCUCUCCUCGAUGCUGGCGGGUGUAAACAUAGAAGAGGGCCGAUUUGAUUCCCUUUUCGUAGCCUCAGGAUCCUCCUGGGUAGGAUGUAGAGUUUCAUGAGGAGAAGAGAGAAAUCGAAGUUCGCCGACUGUGAUAGAGAGAGGAGGAAAACGCAGGCUCCAUCUUGUGCUUAGCCCUCCAUUGGGCUUUGAAGCCCAUCCGGCGCCAUGUUAAUUACGGGAACGAGCGGCCAUUUUCCCGCUCCUCAUCCUUUCGCCCGGCUCCAGUGCCGAGACCCAAGCCCCCCACUGCUCCAUGGACACCCCCAGCCCAGACCCGUGGCCUUCGCCUUUGCCCGGGGAGGAAGAGAAACCUCUGGCCUUACCUCCUCCUGUUCCCCGGGGCCGCCGAGGCCGACGUCCGGGGGGGGCCUCCUCCUCCAGUCGGACACUCAAGGCCUCCCUCCCUCGCAAGCGGGGCCGCCCUCCCAAAUCAGGGCAGGAGUCCCCACUGGCGCAGGGGGUGACAGCCCCAGUGGGCAGCGGCAGUGGCAGUGACCUCCUGUUGAUCGAUGAUCAGGGUGUGCCCUACACAGUCUCUGAAGGGUCAGUGGCAGGCGGGCCUGAGAGCUCCGGCCCUAAGAAGGCCCCGCAUUUCUGCCCGGUGUGCCUUCGGGCCUUCCCCUACCUCUCCGACCUGGAGCGCCACAGCAUCUCACACUCAGAGCUGAAGCCUCACGAGUGCAAGGACUGCGGCAAGACCUUCAAGCGGUCCAGCCACCUGCGGCGGCACUGCAACAUCCAUGCCGGCCUGCGGCCCUUCCGCUGCCCACUCUGUCCCCGCCGCUUCCGAGAGGCGGGCGAGCUGGCCCACCACCACCGCGUCCACUCAGGGGAGCGCCCCUACCAGUGCCCCGUCUGCCGGCUGCGCUUCACGGAAGCCAACACGCUCCGGCGCCAUGCCAAACGCAAGCACCCCGAGGCCAUGGAGACACCCCUGUGUCCCCCGGACCCAGGGCCUGAACCACCGUGGGACGACGAGGGUGUCCCGGCCACAGCAGGGGCCGAUGAGGAGGAGCUGGAGGGGAAAGAGCUGGCCUGACCCACACCCCUGGUCACCGCUCCCCGGGCCAGGUUUAGAGCUGGGAGUUCAGCUGGUGCUGGACCUGGGCAGGGAGACUGGAACACCCUCAUGUUUGGUGGUCUUCCCGUUGUGGGAGGGGGUUGAGUGUGAGGACACAAACAUCUGGGUCCUGCUGCCUUCUGCGGCCCUCCCCCGGACUGACAGGCCCUUGGAGGCAGGGGCUGUGGAAAUAAAUCUCUGCCUACUGGC